AUGAGUUCGUGUUGUCUCCCCAGGUUGGAGGAGCGCUUCUCGGUGCCGCCGCAAGUUGCGCGCAAGCCUCAGCCCGCUCCGGCGCAAAAGGUCGUUCACAAGGAGACAACAGCUCCCGGCGGCGCUCUUGCACGCCUCAUGCAUGCGGGCCUCAACGGCCAGACUGCGGGCAAGCGCGCUUUUGAUGCACCGCCCGCGGCUCCUCAUGCGCCCCGACCGGCAAAAGUACCGCGCCCCACGAAUUUGCUGGCACCCGGGCCAGUGGCUGUGAGCGCUCCAAUCGACCCAGGCCGCCAGCCCGUCACCGACGAGAAGCUUCUGGUGUGCGUGUCCGGAGCAGACAAAGACGACUUCAUCCCCACUCAGUCGGCUCUUCUAGUGGCGUUGGUUGAUUCGGGCAUCGACAAGACCUUGUGCCAGCUUGGCGGCAGCCAUAUCCGUGAGUGCAUUGCCGUCAAUGGUCCUGGAACAAAGUGCAGGACCUGGCGUCUGGUGAUGGUCAACCCGGUACAAAAGACGCACUUUAUGCGCAACGCCUUCCUGUACGAAAUUCCACUGAGGGCGGCAGGGCUUGAGGUCACGGACUGGACAUGGGGGGGCAAGAAAAAGUAA